UAAUCGAAAUUAUUUAUGAACUGCUGAUCGUGGCAGAUUGCUAGCUGUAUAGCUAGUUAUAUACUGUAGCUAGCUACACAAGUAAAUUGGAUUCUCGUUUUCAAAAGUUAACGUUAGCCUGAUCAAAGAUUCAGUGAGCUUGACUCUGGUUUGACAUUUGAUUACAGUCGUCAAUCUCUACACAGCUGUGUCCAGAAUUGCACGUGUGGGCAUAUGUGUGCGUUUCAUAUUAUGUACGCCACAGAACAUGGACAUCGGAUGGAUAUUUUUUUGCACGGCGCUAAGACCAAGCGGAGCUCGCAUCGCCAGUCCAGCAGUGGGCCCUCAUGAGGGUCCUCCUCGCCUCCGCGCGGUGAUUGGGUGGAAGAUGGCGCUGGGCGAAUGGAAAUCCUAAUGACAGUUUCCAAAUUUGCCUCUUUUUGUACCAUGGGCGCCAAUGCCUCCGCUCUGGAGAAAGAGAUUGGCUCAGAGCAGUUCCCUGUCAACGAGCACUACUUUGGAUUGGUCAACUUUGGGAACACCUGCUACUGUAACUCGGUGCUGCAGGCUCUGUACUUCUGCCGUCCGUUCCGGGAGAAGAUCCUGGCCUACCGCAGCCAGCCCCGACGCAAGGAGAACCUGCUGACCUGCCUGGCCGACCUGUUCCACAGUAUCGCCAACCAGAAGAGGAAGGUGGGAGUCAUACCACCCAAGAAGUUCAUCACGCGCCUACGCAAGGAGAAUGAGCUGUUCGACAACUACAUGCAACAGGAUGCCCAUGAGUUCCUGAACUACCUGCUCAACACCAUCGCUGACCUGCUGCAGGAGGAGAGGAAGCAGGACAAGACCAACGGCCGUCUAGCCAAUGGCUCACUCGACUCCCAGAACCACAACAGCAACGCCCCGCCCCCCUCCACCUGGGUCCAUGAGAUCUUCCAGGGAACCCUCACCAACGAGACCCGCUGCCUCACCUGCGAAACGAUCAGCAGCAAAGACGAAGACUUCCUGGACCUGUCAGUGGACGUGGAACAGAACACCUCCAUCACACACUGUCUCAGGGGGUUUAGUAACACAGAGACUCUCUGCAGUGAGUAUAAGUACUACUGUGAAGAAUGUAGAAGCAAACAGGAGGCACACAAAAGGAUGCGUGUGAAGAAGCUGCCUAUGAUCCUGGCUCUACACCUGAAGAGGUUUAAGUACAUGGAGCAGCUGCAGCGCUACACCAAGCUGUCCUAUCGCGUCGUCUUCCCUCUGGAGCUCCGCCUCUUCAACACCUCAGGAGACGCAACCAAUCCUGAGAGACUCUACGACCUGGUCGCUGUCGUGGUGCAUUGUGGGAGUGGCCCAAACCGAGGACACUACAUUGCCAUUGUGAAGAGUCACGACUUCUGGCUGCUGUUUGAUGACGACAUUGUAGAGAAGAUAGACGCCCAGGCCAUAGAGGAGUUCUACGGCCUCACCUCUGAGAUCUCCAAGAACUCUGAGUCAGGCUACAUCCUUUUCUACCAGUCCAGAGACUGACUGGCCCUGGAGAGGACAGCGCCUCCUAUUGGAGCGGAGGAGAAAAGCCCAGUGCCUCAGCAGUGGGAAUAAUGGACCAUACUAGUGUAUACCCUCAGUGGGGUCACACACCUGCACAGGUGUCAUUCAAACCUGUGUAUAUGGAUCUACUGCAGCUCAGCCUCGGAGUCAGUUCCCCCGUCCUAGCCCCUCCCUCCCGUCCUAGCCCCUCCCUCCCGUCCUACCUCCCCCACACACCCUGUUACUUAGGCUGGAGAUGCAGCUACAGGGGAGAGUUUUGUCAAAGGAUCAGUGGAUGUUGUAUCAAAGUUUUGUGAGUUCGAAAGGUGUUUAAUGAGGGUUGUACAGAGGUUUUGGGAAGGAGGUGUUAGUUAUAGCAUGAGUGUUUGGGUGGGGUGAGUGGGUAUUUAAUGAUUCAUGUGUUGUAAUAUCGGCCAGGCGUCUGCACGCUCCCUCAGACUGUAACACUGCUUUGUUGCCUGGCUGGGGCCCAGUCAGAGUAGACCAGUUUACUGCAUGAACUAGGAGGGUGGAGGCGAGUGUUCCAAGUGUGGGAUGUUUGGGUCGUGUAUUUCUACCGUGUACAAAAUGUGGUAUUUGUAUAAAUAUUAUGAGAAGAAUAAGAUGAUAUUAUCAUAGGGGGGAAAAAACGUAAGACCUUGAGAAGAACAUGUAUUGACACUAUGGUGCACUUUUGAUACCUUUUUGUAGGUGUUGGAAAGGUUUAUGUGAGGCUUUGCUUGAGAAAUGGUCAUUGUGAAAUGUUCAUUUUCUGUUUUAAAGAAAAAUUAAUAAAAGCUAAUAAAUAGUG